AUGUUUGAUUUAGUAGAAUGUGCAUACUCUUUAGAUAAUAUAGAAGCAUUGGAGUAUUUCCUAUCAAUGAAUGUACCAACAUUUUUACCAAACUAUACAAUUAAUAAUAAAAGUUUUUCAAUAUCAAUAAUAUCAUUAGAAUUACUAUUAAAAUAUCGAGUAAAUAUCAUAGAACCUUAUAGUAUCAAUAUCAAUAAUAUCAAUAACAAUAAUAACACAACACCAGCUUCAUCAUCAUCAUUCAGUUUAAACAAUAGUAAUAGUAAUAAUUAUACAACAACAGUAGCAUUAGCAUUCAGUUUAAAAAAUAGUUAUAGUAAUAGUAACAACAAUACAACAACAACAGCACCAGAACCUACAACAUUCAUUUUAAAAAAUAGUAAUAGUAACUAUAAUUUAAAUAGUAGUAUUAGUGAAUAUAGCAAUCUAAAUAAUAAUAGUACCAGUUUAGCCCGAAGCGCAAGUUGUAGUAGUAUAAGCAGUUGUAAUAUUAAUGAUAGCAAUGGGAGUAGCUGUAGUAGCGGUUACAACAAUAAAAACAAUAAUAGCUUUUUAAUUAAUAAUAGUAAUAUAACACUUCCACCACCAUCAUCAUACAGAAAUUAA